AUGGUGGGACUCUCUCUUGGAGAAAAGCUUUUCAUACAAGGUGGCAUCGCUCAAGGCCUUCGUACUGAUGGAAGGAAACGGUUAACUUAUCGUUCCAUAUCUGUCGAAACUGGAGUUAUUGAACAGGUCAAUGGAUCAGCAAGAGUGAAGAUGGGUGCAACAGAUGUUGUUGCUAGUGUCAAGGUCUCUGUAUUGGAGAUUCUCUCUGUUUCUCGGCUUCCAGAAAUUUCAAUUACCACUCAAGUAAAAAUGACCAGAUUCUGGACAGACAAUGUGGUUGCAAAGCUAUGGCUUUGGCACUUACUCUUUCCUUCAGCAUCCACCAACAUAGAGUAG